CAUCACAAGAAAAACGCCCAAGUUAAAAAAAACAACUAACAACAAAACGCUCUCGGUAAACAGUAAAGCCACGUGAAGCUGACUGGCUUACGGAGAAUAAACCGAGAUCGCGGACAUCUGGGAGCAUUUUUAAUCAAAAUUCACCACAUCGAAACGACCUCGACUACAAGCGAAGGAAGCAACCGAGGUGGCUCCCACUCUUCGGCCAGGUGGAAUAGUUGGCACGGCUCGCACCAAAACAACCAGCUGUCCAACGUGUUUGAUGAGUUGCAGUCAUGGCAACAGAAGAAAAGAAAGCAGACACUGAGGCAAAUAAAACACAUUCAUCAUCAGCACCAGCCACAAAGUCUGCUCCAGUCAAGCCAAACUAUGCCCUGAAGUUCACACUUGCAGGACACACAAAAGCAAUAUCGUCUGUCAAAUUCAGCCCGAAUGGUGAAUGGUUGGCCAGUUCAUCGGCUGAUAAACUAGUCAAAAUAUGGGGAGCAUAUGAUGGAAAAUUUGAAAAGUCUCUCUGUGGACAUAAACUUGGUAUAUCAGAUGUGGCAUGGUCCUCAGACUCAAAUCUUUUGGUGUCAGCAUCAGAUGACAAGACACUGAAAAUUUGGGACAUGGGUUCAGGUAAAUGCCUGAAGACACUGAAAGGCCACAGUAACUAUGUGUUUUGUUGUAACUUCAACCCUCAAUCAAAUCUGGUGGUGUCUGGAUCGUUCGAUGAGAGUGUGCGGAUUUGGGAUGUCAAGACUGGCAAGUGUCUAAAGACCCUCCCAGCUCACUCUGACCCUGUCUCUGCUGUUCACUUUAAUAGAGAUGGCUCUUUGAUAGUGUCCAGUAGCUACGAUGGCCUCUGCCGAAUGUGGGACUCUACUUCAGGACAGUGUCUGAAGACUCUUAUUGAUGAUGACAACCCCCCUGUCUCGUUUGUCAAGUUUUCACCCAAUGGCAAAUACAUACUGGCUGCAACACUGGAUAAUACUUUGAAACUUUGGGACUACAGUAAAGGAAAGUGUCUGAAGACUUACACCGGACAUAAGAAUGAGAAGUACUGCGUGUUUGCCAAUUUCUCUGUCACUGGAGGCAAGUGGAUUGUCUCAGGCUCUGAAGACCACAUGGUGUACAUCUGGAACCUGCAGACCAAAGAAAUAGUGCAGAAAUUACAGGGACAUGCAGAUGUGGUGAUUGCAACAGCAUGUCAUCCUACACAGAACAUCAUAGCAUCUGCGGCUCUGGAGAACGACAAGACCAUCAAACUGUGGAAGAGUGAUUGCUAAAGUAGAGGACUUUUUAGAGACGUCUGACGUUUGAGGAGUUAUGUGGGAUGUAUGCUGUGUUCUUUAUAUUGGUUUGGACAGUUUAAUAGUGCAGGUUAACUGCUGGCCCAGUCUGCUCAGAAAAUUGACAAUCUCCCCAAUGCACUGUUCCCUCUUUAUAAGGUAUUUUUAUAUGGUAAAUCGUCUUUACAGUCUUUACUUUUAUGGAUUCGUUGAUGAUACACUGUUGGUAUCUAUUGAGUGAGGUAUCAAAUCAGGGAGCAUUCAGCUACUGAGAUGAUCUUAAUAUGAACUGGCUUUAGUGCUUUACAAUGCUUACAAUAUUUGUGGAAAAAAGUAAAAAGAAGAAAAUGUGGAUGGAGGUAAACAUUCGAUUUUUAUGGUUUGCAAUUUUGUUGGAACAGGUUCAACAUGAGGGACUGCAUAUUCAUUUAUCCUCCCUCUUUAGUAUUGAAUAGCUAACUGAAUUGUUAAUGAACUGUUCUGUUAGGCUCCUAUAGGGUGAAGUGUGCCCUGACUCUGCUUUUAGGACCUUGUGCUUGUAAGCCUUAUGCACUUACCAAAUAGAAUGUGGAAAUUAACUAGUAUCUUAAUUUAAUUCACUCACAUGCUGAUAUCAGAUAUCAGCAUUGCAAUACGACCAUAUUACUUUCAGUUUUCACUGCACUGUAAAGGUAGUUGGUCAGGUUUUUUUUACUUGUUUUCCUUUGCAGUCCUUUUGAGUUUAAGCUUAUUUCAGUAUUCUGCCUACCAUAUCUAGCUUGUGUGAGAAGCUAUGGAAUAGAUGUACAAUUGUAGUGGACUUUAAAAUGUAUUUAUGUGAAGUUUCCUUUUAUUUUGUUUGUACUUAUGUAAUAUAUAGAGAAAUCUAAUGACUCAUUCUAUUGAACUUUAAGGAAGACAACACAAUGUUGUUCAGAAUUGAGAAUUUAAUAGUCCUUUUAACAAUAAACAUUGUAUGAUAGGGCAACACA